UCAGACGCUACGCUAUGGCAAGUUUGUUCGUAUAAGUUUUAUUAUUUUAACAUGCCAAGAGUUUGUGUUCAAGUGCUUUGCGAGUCUACUGUUAUCGUUAUUAAAAGCCGCAGUUUUGUGCUGGAAUAAACAAAUAACAAAAAUUGUAAUGCGAAAAACCCGCUCACAAACUCAGGCGGAAAAUGCCGCUUCUACCACACAAUCAACAUCUUCAGCGCCAACAGCAGUAAACACAUUUGAUGCGACUAAAUAUAAGGAAUGUGAGCAGAUGGUGCAGAUGCUACGCGUCGUAGAGCUGCAAAAAAUCUUAUCGUUUCUGAACAUUUCCUUCGCUGGACGAAAAAACGAUCUGCAGAGUCGCAUCUUAUCGUUCCUGCGCACAAAUCUGGAGCUGCUCGCCCCAAAGGUCCAAGAAGUUUACGCCCAAUCCGUACAAGAACAAAGCACCACCCUGCAGUACAUAGAUCCAACCAGAAUGUACUCGCACAUGCAGCUGCCAAGUGUGCAGCCAAAUAAUGCGAGUCUCGUUGGCGUUGGUGCCGGCAAUCCUGCCCAAGUGCCACCUGGUGCUGGCGGUGGUGCCGGCGGCGGCGGUGGCGGUAAUCCUGCCCAGAUGCAGGUGGGCGCUGGCGGUGGCCAAGGCAAUAUGCUGCCGUUCCUGCACACGCACAGCAUGAAUAGCCAGAUGCCCAUACAUCCGGAUGUACGCCUGAAAAAGCUGGCGUUUUACGAUGUUUUGGGCACACUGAUAAAGCCAUCGACGCUGGUGCCUCGGAAUACACAGCGGGUGCAGGAGGUGCCUUUCUACUUUACGUUAACGCCACAGCAGGCUACGGAGAUUGCCACCAAUCGUGACAUACGCAACAGUUCCAAAAUCGAGCACGCCAUUCAGGUGCAAUUGCGAUUCUGUCUCGUGGAGACGUCGUGCGACCAGGAGGAUUGUUUUCCGCCCAAUGUUAAUGUCAAAGUUAACAACAAGUUAUGCCAGCUACCUAACGUCAUUCCUACAAAUCGGCCAAAUGUGGAGCCAAAACGUCCGCCACGUCCGGUGAACGUUACGUCAAACGUUAAGCUGUCGCCCACAGUGACGAACACCAUAAUGGUGCAAUGGUGUCCGGACUACACUCGCAGCUACUGCCUAGCCGUAUAUUUGGUGAAGAAACUCACAUCCGCACAGCUGCUGCAUCGAAUGAAGACAAAGGGCGUUAAGCCUGCGGAUUAUACGCGUGCUCUGAUCAAGGAGAAGCUGACGGAGGAUGCGGACUGUGAGAUAGCCACUACCAUGUUGAAGGUGUCGCUUAAUUGUCCACUUGGCAAAAUGAAAAUGUCGCUGCCGUGUCGCGCUUCAACCUGCUCGCAUCUUCAGUGCUUUGAUGCCAGUCUCUACCUGCAAAUGAACGAACGCAAACCCACCUGGAAUUGUCCAGUCUGCGAUAAACCCGCCAUCUACGACAAUUUGGUUAUCGAUGGCUAUUUCCAAGAGGUAUUAGGCUCAUCUCUGCUGAAAAGCGAUGACACUGAGAUUCAACUGCAUCAAGAUGGUUCAUGGAGCACACCGGGACUGCGCAGUGAGACCCAGAUACUGGAUACACCAUCAAAACCAUCUAAAGUUGAGGUCAUUUCGGAUGAUGUCGAACUGAUUGAUGACACAAAGCCGAUGAAGUCUGAUUUAUCGCCAGCGCCUGAGGAUCAACCAACCUCGACGUCCAACAGUGAAACUGUUGAUCUUACGCUAAGUGAUUCGGAUGAUGAUAUGCCGCUGGCCAAGCGGCGUCCACCAGCCAAGCAAGCAGCUGCCACGUCCACAUCCAACGGUACUGGAGCCGCUCAACGUGCCUAUCCCUCAUCGCAACAGCCGCAAAAAACUGCUCUAUUCAAAACCACAAAUCGUCCAGAGCAACUAUAUACGCGCGUUGCUUCUGUUCGGAGACGUAAAGCUGUUAACACGGAUAGGCCGUGACAUUCUGCAUAUGGUGGUCAUUUAAUAAUAAUGCUGUUUGAUUGGUGCAAUCGUUUAUUUUCUUUGAUUCUUUGAUUUUGUUAUUCCUUAUGUUCAAUUAAAAUUAUUUGUCCUUUAUUGUAAUUGUAUUUAUUUAUUGUCAAGCACCAUUAUAAAAUGUACUCUCGCAUAAACAAAGAAUUAUUAUUAAUAAAUUUGUAGUUAACAAAUCAGUUUUCACCAAACCAAAAACAAAAAAAAGGCCUUCUGUUUCUGUCCCAAAAGCAAAUGAAUACGAUUUUGUAGUAACUUGUAAAUUUCUUUGCUCUUUCUUCCCAUUCUCUAACUCUCUCACACUCUCUCUUUGACUUUUUCUCUAUCUUUCAAUAUAUAUAUUUAAAUAUAUAUGUAUAUGCUGUUCUCUUCUCUUCCCUGUGUGCUUCUUCGACUCCAUCCAUCGACUCUACCAAAAGAUUCGCCCGAGCAAUCGCCUGAAAUGCACGAGCAACAACAGCAACAGCAGCAACAACAACUGCUGCUUGGUGGAGAUCAGCCGUCAGCAGCGGUUCAUGCCAGCCUAUUGGAGUCCCUGGCUGCUGCGGUAGCGGAUCAAAAGCAUUUUCAACUCUUGGAUCUGGCUGCAGUGGCAGCUGCUGCACCAGCAAACGCCUUCGCCUCAGCCUCAGCUCAGAAUCCAAAUGCGGCCCCAUAGAGUCUCUCUAUUUCCCUAAAAAACAAAACAAAUCACAACACAAAUGUAACAAUUGUAAACAAAUUCACACACACAACACUUACACACACCUACUUGCAGAAAGUAUUAUAAUUUUGACCAGAACUUGUCCGUCUGUUUUUGUACAAAUUAGAUGCUCAGUUUUAAAGCUAUCGUAGUGAAACUUGUUACAAUUCCGUCCUUUUGCUGCAGGCAGUAAAUUUAUUGGAAUUGGUCAGUUUGGAUAACUAUGCCAAAUAGCUGUCGUAGAAACAAUCAGUCAAAGAUUAAGCUUUAUUAUAAAAAACAAAAAAAUCUGUGGUUUUUUGAGAUAUUAUCACAGAUUGUGUAUUUUGUAAAACCCAGUAACUGAAGAUUCUUGAAUUUAUUCCAGAAAUAUGCUGAAUUUAGAGGCUGUAGACCCUUGAAGCGGUCUCAGUAGAUUUUAUUUGUUGCAGUCAUAGUUCCCGCUCCCAUAAUAAUAAUUACCUUUUUAAUCCACAAAUAAUUUGCUUAAAAUUGUAUUACUGUCAUAUUAGUAACGUUCUGUCCAAAAUUAAUACACUGCAAGGUCAUAAAAACCACGGCUUGCCGUUGACAAUCUAAAUUUCUUUUUUUACCUUUGCCUUUUGUUUAAUUUUUCGUUGACUUUUUCACUUUUUCUACCCAUUGUUUUCAUACCAAUUUCAUAACGCUGACAUUUAAUAAGUACAACACUCAUUACCCAAUCUCAGAGGCUAUUUUAACUCACUUUCAUUGCAUGUAUCAAAAGCCAACGAAAUUAGUUGUUUUUGUAAUAUCUGUGUGUGUUGCAGGGGGCGCAGUUAAGUAGCAGUUGCUGUUGCUGUUGCUGUUGAAGUUGCACAUACACAAGUGGUCUAUUCUUUGCUUCUUGCAACAUGUUGCUGCCCGGUUGUUUCUGUUCCUACGUACAACAGGAAUACUUCAUAUUUGUUAGCAUACAGGCCUCUUCACUUAAAAAAUCUGUUUGAUUAUGUUUGAGUUUACUUUUUAUGUAUUAAUUUUUGUUGUGCUUGUCUUGAUUUGCUUUUACACACACACACACACACACACAUAGACAACAGAGAGCUUACGCUUUUUAGCCAGACUUAAUUUAAUUAGAUACACAAAGCUACGAAACUACAACACAUGAUUUAUUUAUUGGGUUGUUAAUGACGGCAACCUUUUUGUAAUAGUAUGUACUUUUAGAUAAAAAUACACACAAAAAAUAAAAACAAAUAGACCUAUGCAUUAUACAAUAGUUUAAUAUUAAACAUAAAUCAAAUGUUAACAAUUAAGCAUAAAAUAAUUCCUAUUCAUAUUGAAGCAAACGAGAGAAGAAUCGAGCAUCAAUUUUAAGCUAAAUAUAUAUGGGAAUAAUUUAGAAACUAAGUUAUCAUAAUCAGUUUAAUGCAAAAUUCAUUUGCAUUCGAAUGUUUUUUAUUCGUUUUUAAAAUUAAAACAAAAAGCAUUAAUUUUCAGUUAAUCUAUAACAUUACGUAUGUAUGUCUUUUGAAAAGAAGGUAAAAAUAAAAGAAAUAUGCAACUGGAAAAUGAUUAGCAAUUACAUUUCUCUCAAUAAAAAAUAAAGCUAAAAAUUAUCGUAUAUAAUAAA